CGCUGCUGGCCUCCGCCCUCCAGUCCACCAGGGGACGCUGCUGCCCUACUCCCCGCCCUCUGCCGCCGACCCCCUCUCGGCACAGACCCAGUGACAGCGUGCACUUGUCCGGUCCGCUGACAGCCGAGAAGCAGAGCAGCAUCAAGAUGAUCGGGAUUACGGUUCUUCGAGUGGACAUGGGGCUCAUGGCGGUGCUCCUCGGGGUGCUCUGUUGCCAAGUCCUGGCGUCGGCGUCAGACGACGUGGUGGUGGCCUGCGGGGGGUUCGUGAAGUCCGACGUGGAGAUUAAUUACUCUUUGAUCGAGAUUAAACUGUACACUAAGCAAGGUUCACUGAAAUAUCAAACGGACUGCGCGCCAAUCAAUGGUUACUUUAUGAUCCCUCUUUAUGACAAGGGCGACUUUGUGUUGAAGAUUGAGCCUCCACUUGGUUGGAGCUUCGAGCCGACCCGAGUGGAUCUCCACGUGGACGGGGUCAACGACAUCUGCACCCGGGAGCAGGACAUCAACUUCGCCUUCACCGGCUUCUCCAUCUCAGGAGCGGUUCUGAGUAAAGGUCAUCCACUGGGCCCAGCUGACGUCGAGGUGAAGCUGAGCCGGUCCGGGACGGAGGAGAAGCUCCAGUCUGUCCUCACUCAACCUGGGGGAAAGUACACCUUCUUCAAAGUGAUGCCGGGAAGCUAUGACAUCACAGCUUCUCAUUCCUCCUGGACGCUGGAGCAGAGCGUGACGUCGGUGCUGGUGUCCAACGCCAACGCCCCGGCCGCCGCCCCGCUGGUGGUGGGGGGCUACGACGUGACGGGGGUGGUGCGCAGCGACGGGGAGCCCAUGAAGGAGGUCACCUUCCUGCUGUACUCGGCCUCCGUCCACCAGGAGGCGGUGGCGGGCUGCAACACGGCGCCGGUGGAAGGGGCGGAGUCGGGGGACAGCGCGCUGCUCUACCUCUGCAGCUCUCUGUCCGGCGAGGACGGCGCCUUCGUGUUCCCCUCGCUGCCCAGCGGCGAGUACACGGUGAUUCCGUUCUACCGGGGAGAGAGGAUCACGUUCGACGUGGCGCCCUCCAGGAUGAACUUCAAGGUGGAGCACAACAGUCUGCAGCUGGAGCCCAUCUUCCGCGUCAUGGGGUUCUCCGUUACCGGCCGCGUGCUCAACAGCCUGGAGGGGGAGGGAGUUCCGGACGCCACCGUGUACCUCAACAACCAGAUCAAAGGUAACCCCACCGUGUACCUCAACAACCAGAUCAAAGUGGUGACCAGAGAGGACGGGUCCUUCCGCCUGGAGAACAUGACCGCAGGAACCUACACCAUCCGCACCCAGAAGGAGCUCAUGUUCUUCGAGCCCAUCUCCGUGAAGAUCGCCCCCAACACCCCCCAGCUCCCCGACAUCAUCACCGCAGGGUUCAGCGUCUGCGGCCGCAUCGCCGUGAGCCGUCUGCCCGAGGGCAUGAAGCAGCAGAGCCGCUACAGGGUGACCCUCCGGCCCCGGGACCAGGACCAGGACCCGGGCCUCGGCAAGACUGCCGACUCUGACCCCCAAGGCGGCUUCUGCUUCCAGGCCAAACCCGGAGACUACAGCGUCCACGUGUCCGUCCCCGAAUCGGAGGUGAAGCUGGGCAUGGCCCUCCUGCCCUCUCUAUUGGACGUCUCCCUGGUGGACCGGCCAAUCACAGACCUGCUGUUCACCCAGUUCAUGGCGUCCGUCUCGGGCAAAGUCCACUGCCUCGCCUCCUGUGACGACCUCUCGGUGACCCUGCAGCCCGUGAGUCGGCAGGGGGACCGACGGACGGUGGCGCUGUCGGCCGGCGGGGACGUCCUCAGCUUCUCCUUCGACGGCGUGCUGCCCGGAAAAUACAAAGCGAGCAUCUCCCACGAGGAGUGGUGCUGGAAACACAAGUCUGUGGAGGUGGAGGUCCUGGACUCCGACGUGGAGGGGGUGGAGUUCCGUCAGAUCGGCUACAUCCUGCGUUGCUCGCUCUCCCACGCCAUCACGCUGGAGUUCUUCCAGGACGGCAGCCAGCCGGAGAACGUGGGCGUGUACAACCUCUCCAAGGGGGUGAACCGCUUCUGCCUCUCCAAGCCUGGCGUAUACAAAGUCACUCCCCGCUCCUGCCACCAGUUUGAACAGGAUUACUACACCUACGACACGUCCGCCCCCAGCAUCCUCACCCUGACCGCAGUCCGCCAUCACAUGACCGGCCUCAUCACCACGGACAAGCUCCUGGACGUCACCGUGACCAUCAAGUCGUCCAUCGAGAGCGAGCCGGCUCUUGUCCUCGGCCCGCUCCGCUCCCAGGAGGAGCAGCGCCAGGAGCAGCAGCUGCAGGAGAUCACGCUCCGCCGGCAGGAGAGGGAGCGCCGGGCGGCGGAGGAGGGGGAGCAGGAGGGCGGGGCCAGGGACGACGGCCCCCCCAUCCUGGAGCGGGCCGACGAGCUGACGGGGCCCUUCCACUUCGAGUUCUCCUACUGGGCCAGGGCCGGAGAGAAGAUCACCGUCACCCCCUCCUCCAAGGAGCUGCUCUUCUACCCCCCCGAGGUGGAGGCCACCAUCACCGGAGACUCGUGUCCGGGCCGCCUGGUGGACAUCUCGGGGCGCGCGGGUCUCUUCCUGGAGGGCACGGUGUUCCCUGAGCUCCAGGGGGUGGAGAUCUCCAUCACGGAGCGGGGGGCCGGCCAGCCUCUCAUCACCGUGGCAACCAGCGAGACGGGAACCUACAGGGUCGGCCCACUCCACAGCGACCGCGAGUACGACACCAGCGCCCGCAAGGAGGGCUUUGUCCUCAGCGCGGCGCCCGGUGCCUCGGGGGACUUCAAGGCCUUUGCCCUCGCAGGAGUCACCUUCAAGAUCCGGUCGGAGGACGAUCAGCCACUCUCCGGCGUGCUACUCUCUCUGAGCGGGGGCAACUUCCGGUCCAACCUGCUGACCCAGGACACCGGGGUGCUGACCUUCAACAACCUGAGUCCCGGCCAGUACUACUUCAAGCCCAUGAUGAAGGAGUUCCGCUUCGAGCCCGCCUCCCAGAUGAUCUCUGUGGACGAGGGCCAGAACCUCAGCAUCGACAUCACCGGCGUCAAGACCGCCUAUAG